ACGUGACAGCUGGAGCACUGAGUAGUUUGACUGGUUACAGACUUCAACAGCUCCUGCAGCGGUAACACUAAUCUGAAGACAUGCGGGUGGCAGUGAUUGGAGCUGGAGUCAUCGGCCUGUCAACAGCUCAGAGCAUCUAUGAGCAGUAUCACUCCAUCGUCAGUCCUCUGACCAUUGAGGUGUACGCGGACCGUUUCACUCCACUGACCACCAGUGAUGGAGCCGCUGGCUUCUGGCAGCCGUACCUCUACGAUAAGGGCAACGUCCAGGAGACAAAAUGGAAUAAAGAGACAUUUGACUACUUGCUGAGCUUCCUCAGUUCACCAGAGUCCGUAAAAAUGGGUAUUUUUCUUCAGUCUGGCUACAACCUCUGCACUGAACCAGUCCCAGAUCCCUCAUUUAAAGAUAUUGUCCUGGGCUUCAGGCAGCUCACGGAGAGAGAACUGCAGAUGUUCCCCGGAUACAAGUAG